GAGGCUGGCUGCCGCAGGGCUGCACCUGCGGGUCUGCUCCUACCCUCCGCGCGGGUGGAGGAGCGUGUUUGGCUCCGUGUGAGCUCCGUGCCGGGAGCGGGACUGCACCUUCCAGCUCCUCCGAGCUGCGCGGAGUUGGCAUCCGGAUCCCUCGGGUGCUGUGCCGGGGGAGCUGCCGCUCGUGAGCGUUACUUCUCUCUUCCCGAGGGUCCCUAUAGUUGGAAAUAAAUAUACCCAGCUAUUUUGUGGCUCCAAACUACAAUUAUGCCGGGAAGCUGAUUCUGCAGUUACUUGUGAAUGCAGUCUGAAGGCCUGCAGUGUGCCCAUGAGCACUGGCCAGGACACAAGGGCAUUCAGUAACCAGGAAUAUGACUGACUUUGCUGAGGAAGAAACAAAGAAGAAACCUUUAUUUCUUGCAUAGUUGGAAGGGAAAGCAAUGCCAUUUGACACCUGUUUAACUUGAAGAAGCAUUGUUCAAAAUACUUCUUGACUGUGUGGAUUUUGUAACUCUGACACAAACGUGCCUUUGGACUUGUGCAAAUAAAUCAUUGGAAAAAUUGAUUGGGCAAAACAGUCUUUGGAAGAGUGGCUGCUGAAGAAUCAUGACGAAGCACUUGGAGAUCAUCAAUUUGUCAUUUUUGUUGGAACAUGAAAAGGAAACAAUAUUAGGAGUACUGAAGAGAGAUGAGUAUCUGAAAAAAGUUGAAGAUAAAAGGAUAAGGAAGUUGAAAAAUGAGCUUCUGGAAGUGAGAAGGAAAGGUGGAAAUCGUCAUAGUCAGCAGGACAACAGCAGGGUCUGUAUUCGCUGUCAGAAAAGCCUUGGCUUCAUCUUUGACAGAGGAGACUUGUGCCAAACGUGCAAACUUCGAGUUUGCAGUAAGUGUCGUGUCAUGGGAACUGAUGGGCAGUGGAAGUGCUCGGUGUGUGCCAAGAUUGCACAGCUACGGAUAGUGACAGGAGAAUGGUUUUUUGAAGAGAGAGCAAAGCGCUUCAAACAAUCAAAUCUUCUUGGAACUGAUGUUGUCAGACAGUCUAUCCUACGCAAAUUCCCAGAUACAGUUUCCAGUAAGGAUGAAGGAAGUACAUUUAAAGAUGAACCCCAAGAGAAUGAUGAAAGAAGGCUGGAAGUAUCAGUCUCCUCCACAGCUGGGCAUAAAUCAGUCUUCAGUGGCCCUAGAAAAAUAGGGAAGGUAAUUAGGGCGAUUACCAAAGGAGAAAUUAGAAAUACAAAAGAUGAUGGGGAAAAGAACAUGGACUCAGAAGCUGAAACACAAAGUCCGCACAGCAGCAAGUCAACGCCUUGCUCCGAGAGAGGGAGCACUCUUUCGCUGAACAGCAGUGAUGGAGAGGCUACUGCCAGUUAUUUGAAAGGGGCUGUGGGUCCUGCAAGCAGAGGCAAUGCUUCCAUACAUUCCCUCCCAAGGUCUUUGGCACUCAGCACGGGCAACAUGACUGCAGAUUAUAGCAGAGACACUGGCUUAGAAAAUGGCAUGAUUAUUCCAGCAAGUGAAAGUGUACCUGAAGAUUUAGUAAAGAAGCACUGUAGGAAAGCAUCUGGAACACCUUCCAUUGCAGUUUCUAGGAUAUCUUUGUCAUCAGAUCGUAGCCGAUCUGAGAUAGAUUUGAGCGAAUCUUUCUCUGAAGAAAAUGAAGAUACUCUGAGCAUGAGAAGCAAAUCUGUACCUAGUGCCUUAGAUCAGGAAUUGGAUUAUCUGGAUGAAACAGAAGAUGGUAUAAAUGGCAUAAUGGCCUCUUGUUAUUCAAGGAAACAUGGACAUUUGACAAGUGGACUAUCAACAAACUCCCCAGAUGGCUCUGACAGAAAAUGGACCUAUUUAAAUGUGCCUGAAACAGACGGUGAUACUACUAGCAUUAACAGCAUGCUGAGUGUAUACAGUGAAACCGGUGACUAUGGCGACGUGAAGGUCAGAGGUGAAAUCCUUCUCAACAUCAACUACAGCUACAAAACAGGUGCCCUCAACAUCCUGGUAAAAUGUUGCAGAAAUCUGGCUGUUGCAGAUGAGAAGAAGCAAAGAACCGAUCCAUAUGUCAAAGCAUACCUUCUGCCUGAUAAGUCCCGCCAAAGUAAACGCAAGACCAAAAUUAAAAGUAACAGCACCAAUCCUGAAUUUAAUGAAACAUUGAAGUAUGUCAUCAGUCACACACAGUUAGAAACGAGGACCCUGCAGCUUUCCGUCUGGCACUAUGACAGAUUUGGACACAACAGCUUCCUUGGGGAGGUGGAAAUUCCAUUAGAUUCCUGGAACUUCGAAAAUCAGGGCGAUGAGUGGUUUGUACUCCAGCCCAAGGUGGAGGUUGCGACAGAUGUUGGGCUUCAGUAUAAAGGAGAACUGACAGUCGUUUUGCGUUACAUUCCCCCAGACAGAAACUUAAUGCUUCCUCUAGGGCAGUUUCAAGGAAAGAAGAGCUUUAAAAAAGGAAAAAAGGGAGACUCUCACAUGCCAUCUGGAGGUAUAUUAGAAGUCCUUAUUAAAGAAGCAAAAAAUUUAACAGCAGUGAAAUCAGGAAGCACGUCUGACACUUUUGUGAAAGGAUACCUCCUCCCAGAUGACAGCAAAGCAACAAAACACAAAACUCCAACAAUAAAGAAGAGUGUAAACCCCCAGUGGAAUCAUACCUUUGCUUUCAGUGGCUUGAAUUCAAGGGAUAUACGUAACGUCUGCCUAGAACUGACUGUAUGGGACAAGGAGUCACUCUCCAGUAAUAUUUUUUUGGGAGGUGUUCGUUUGAACACUGGAAAUGGUGUAAGUAAUGGCAAGGAGGUUGACUGGAUGGACUCUCAAGGGGAAGAGCAGAACCUCUGGCAGAAGAUGAUUGACAGUCCUGGGACUCCCGUGGAGGGGAUAUUAAUGCUGAGAUCCAGCAUGGGAAAACGCAGACUCUGAAAGACCUUAACUGCUGAGGGGUACUUCAGGUACUCCUGACCUCAGUUGUGUUCAGGCUCUGGUCACUUUGCCCACUUGAAAGUGGGGAAGGGUUGUACUCUUUGCCUUGGAUAUUAAGGCUCCAAUUGAGAUUUUAAUGCAUUCUGCACUUUCAUGCACAUGUUUUUAAGCCAGAAUAUUUCUAUGUAUUAUUUUUCUACUGAAGCCAGUGAGAUUUGACCUUGAACAGAGAUUGGACUGGCUUUCUCUGUCACUUCUGGUGUCUGGUGUGCAGCUGAUGAACACCUAUGGCUGCGGUGGGUAUGGAGUGAGUAAAUUCUCUAGUUAGUCAUUUAGUAAGUAAUGCCUGGUUUAUAUAUAUCCUCCUGGGUCAAAGAUGGCCUAGAAGACAGCGCUGAUACAGUACAGGCUGAUUCAGAUUUAGUCUGCCCCCUGAUAUUUGAAAGAGAAGAAACCGUAAUGUUAUGAAGGAUAGAAAACAAUGUUGGCUUGUUGAGCUACACAGUGUGCAGGAUGGUGGUCUUGCAGCCCACCAAGGAAGGCCAAUGCACUGUGUUGCACAACAGAAAGGCAGGAGGUGAGCUCUUGUACAGUGCUGGUGUCCUGUUGUUCUCAAAGUUAUUUUAAUGCAUUGUACAGAAGGCAGACUUGGUUCAACAUAAUCAACAAGCCUCUAGUGAAAAUAAAUCAUAACAAAUCCCCAGUUUCCAGAACUAUACAGUGUUACUAUGUUUUUAACUCAGUUGACAGCUUUAGAUCUUGUGAUAUCAUUGAACAGAAGGAAUACGUUCAUAUGCCUGUCCCCAUCUGAUAUGUUGCUGAGGUAAGACACAUACUGGGUUUGGACGUAGUUAGCUAAGACUGAUUCAACGGAUCAUGUAGUGAUUAAAGCAUAUGCCAGAGUGAUUUGCACAACUGUGGGAUUUUCUCUGAAUGUGCUGGGAUCCCAUUCCAGCAUGCCCAAGCAAGUUAAUUAUUUACCAUAGUAGGACUUUUAUCUUAUGAACAACCCCCUGUGAAUUUAAUGAUAAGAAUGCAUCUUGGUCAAGUCAAUCAUUAAUCUUAUAAACUGCAACAAUUGUUUUAACAGUAAUUUUGCCAUUUGGUUUCCUAAAGUGAUUUUAUGCUUACAUAGUUCCCUCAUACUUUGGGGACUGAUGCAGUUUAUAUGUGAAGAGCAUGCUGGUUUGAAUAGUUGUUGUGGAUUAGUCCCACCAUAAUAAGAUAGGAUUAUAAUCUUUUUUUUUUCCAAAGACAGCACAUGUUUGCUUGCAAGACCGGAUAAUAAUAUAAUUGUGUGGCAAGAGAUUGUUCAGGGUAUAAGACAAAGGAAGAUCAAUAAACUGAAUGAACAAGAUUUCUUCUGAAUUUUCCAGAAUUGGAACACAGCUUCCUAUUUGACCUGGUAAAUUUGUCCAAAGCUAUUCUUACCUUUUUUUAUUUUUCCCCCAAAUAUUUUGGUUUUGGAGGCAAUGUAGUACCAGUACUGAGAAAGAAGAUAGAAAUACAUGGAAACAUAAUCCUUAUAUAAAUUAUUGGACAAAAACAAACUUUGAAACAAUAUUUAAUUCCCUGUUGAUCAAAACACCAGUAUUCAAAGUUCUGUGAAGAAUAAAUAUCUUUGGAUUGAGAGAUACAAAUGUUCUUCAUGAUCCAGAAAUCACAAGAAAUCCAGGCUGAAGAACAGAGUAUGAAUAAAUAACUAAGUAACUGCAGCUGGAAAUGUUGACAUCUGUAGCUGUCCUAGCAUACAACUACAUACAUGUGUUUACAGCUGAAUUCAAACCAUAAAAUUUCACGUCCAUUCCUUUUGUCUUUUAUCUUUUUUUUUUUUAAAGGAUUUUUAUAAUAGUUUUGUUUUGAGUUGCUUGUUAACUGCGGGUAAGUUUACAAGCUUUCUUUUAAAAUCCCAGCAUUAUUAGAUUAAAUAGUAUUUAUUUAGUUAAAAAUAGUACUGCAGCUUUAAUAAAACAAUUUGUUUCAUCAUAAAUAUCUUCUAAUAAAAUUCUGAUGUGACUUUAAAAAAUCAUCAGAGGUACUGCUUGCCCACUUCAAGAUAAUUUUCCAAAAUUACUGAAUCAUCUUUGAAAAUAAAAUUACCUUACAGAGUUUCAAUCUGGGAACCCAAAGUCAGUAGUUGCUCAAGAAAACUGACUUCAUUUUCCUUCUUUAUCUAUUCUUCAUUUUCUUUUGAAGUCCUGCUCAAAUUGGGCAGUGAAGCAAGUCUAGUCUUAGUUUUAGCUGGCUAUUCAUUUAUGCAGAUGUUGUGAGCUAAUAAAUUAGAGCACAAAUAUAAAGCACAUAUAUUUUUACGACCAUUUUCUUAUCAAAACAGUCUUUAAGUAGUAGAUUUGUGUGUGUGUGUCAGCAUCCCCCAAAGAGAAAUCAAACCUAUCUUUUGGCACUUUAAUACCUCUCUCUUUAAAAGAAUUGAUUUCAAUUGUUUUGAUUGGUUGUACUGCAAACCUGCAUUUAAUUUGGAACUAAUAAUAUUGUUUGGACAUGAAGGCACAAGCUUGAAUUUCAACUUGCUGGAAGUUGUUUCAAAGAAUUUGUAAAAUUUAAAAAAAUGCACAAACCAGUUAGAGUUGUAGAGGAAUGCUGGGCAGUUGGGUGGUUUGAUUUUGUUUCAUUUCAUUUUGAUGGAGAAAAUGAGACAAAUAAUAAUAACACAAAAAAUACUCUAAGGUAGACCCCAAAACAGACGCUCUUUUCUCUCGUCGAACUGAAAACCUUAAAAUAAUUUUUAACUGAAAUGAAAAAAACUUUUGCUGUUACACGGACUACAGGAGUUUUUCUGAUGUUUGAACGGUAUCUUCUAACCUUCUAAGCGUAAAAACUUUAGCUAAAUCAGGUCUCGCUCUGAAAGAAAAAAAUUUGCGCUUUACUACUGCAGCUUCUGCUCACUUUGGUCCUCUGGUAGAGUUUGUGCUGAAUGGACUCAUCUGGGAAGCAUGACCCAGCUUCUUAUAUAAAGACUUUAAAGUUCUGCCUUUUCCUUUCAAAGGGUCAAAAUUUCACUGUGAGCCUGUAUCCAAAAUUAUCAGCCUGGCUGUUAAUAGACUGUAGGUGUCAACUGCAGUUCACCAUAUGAAUAGAAAAAUUCCACCUGAGAAGCAACUUUGGCCAGUGCAGUGGUGUUUGCCAUUGAUGGGAUUUGGGGUGAUACAGUGAAGGUAACCUCCUAUUGCAGUGACAAUAUUGUGUUACAGUAGCACACUCUGCCUCAAAUGAGCCUCCGAGAGAUGAUGAGCAUCAUAUAAACACUAGAGCAAUCUGCAAAGCUUUGCUGUUCUGCGAUGUUAUCGGCACAUUUGUAGGAAGCAUUUGAUUUGUGGAAAAUGUCACAUAUAAUUAUAUCUCUCAUAUCUUUGUUCUCUUCCUUUACAAAAAUGAUUUAUGGCUUGGAAAAAGCACAAGAUGAUUAACUGCAGAUGUGAUUUCUUGUUUCCCAGAUAUUUGAAUUAAUUACCUAUAAUUGUGCAUCAUCAUGUACUGUUAGCAGGCUGAACAAAAAGAUAGAAAUUUGGAAAUUUUGGCUAAAGCCUUCUUUUUGUAUGUAUGUUUGUGGUAUUGAAGGUGCAUGAAUGGUUUAUUCAAGGGUAAUUUUUAGGACAAAAUAGCCACAAUUUUAACAUUGAUCCAUAAACUCCUAACCUGAUGAUAAAAAACAGAGCAGAGCUGAUGUUUCUUUAAUAUUUUUCCUCACAGAGUUGAAUAAUUGAAGAUGCAUCAGUGGAGAAGAAACGUUCUCUACAGUGCUGUUUAAAAAAUGUGUUGUACAAUGUCUUUGAUUUAUAUUUUUUUCUAGUAAGGUAACCAUUAGGCUUUCGUCACUGUCUUUUCCCCCUUGCGAUUACAUUUUGAGGGUUUGAUCCAUUAAAGAAGAAUAAAAGUGCAACUUCUGCUGUAAAAUGUCAAGUGGGGCCAGGAAACAUAUUUUUAGACAGUGUGGUUAUUGCUAGUAUCCAUCAAAAAGAGUUGAUGCUGAGGGUUCUCCAAGCCCUGCCAUAAGACUUUGGUAUCUAGAUUUGUUCUCUGGAAUUUUCUGUGCUCAAUUUAUCAGCUGUAUGGGGACUUUAGGCUUCUAAAUGUUGAUGCUCUUGCUUGCAUGCUUAGAUACCAAAAGCAAGCUAAAAUAGGUUUUAAAUGGGUUCCCUAUCUCCUCCACACCCAUCAUGUUAUGUUUGAAAGAGGGUGGGAGGAAGCCAGCAAAGACUCUGAGGGAUGCUGUUGCCAUCUUUCUUUGCUAGUCCAAGUACCAUUUCUUUCCUUGAAUGCCUUUUAGAUGGCACUGUUUGAUCUUUCUUUCCCAGCUAGAUGCUUUAGCAGAUGAUUUAAGAGAGAAGGCAUUGGGAAGGUAUGUUUUUUGUCAUGGUGCAUUAAACCGGAAGCUCAUUUUUUUUGUGCCUCUUCCAAUGCAGAUUAUGCUAAGGUAGCAUGAAAGAAGCAUUUUUAUGGAUGUAUUUUUUAAUUUUCUUUUCCUGCCUGGAGAGGGCCUGCCAAGUGUAAUUAUUCUGCGUUGUAUUCUGCAAAAUAUCACCUGAAUUAUAAUGACAGAGCAGCCAUUGAGCAUCCAUUGAUGCUAAUUGGUAAGGAGAGAUCACAGGAGGGUUGCAUAAUUUUGGCUUGAGGGGUAUGCACAUUGCCCGGCCUCAGGCAUGUAAAAUUUGUGGUUUGCUCUGUAGACUUAAUGAAGAGAAAGGCUGUUUGGACCUCCUACACCUUAAAAAAAAGAUCUGAGAGUCAUAUUUCAUUAGCUGUCUAGUUUGUGGAUUCACACAAGAUAGUACGGGUUGUACCCAAUCUUUGCAAAGGUCUCUCUUCCCUUCUUCCCUCCCUUUGGUUCAGCAACCCUCAGCAGAACGUUCUACCUAAACGUUAAUCUCCAGUAUCCAGAAGGAGGCAGCAUGCAGCAGUUAAGUGAUAGCCCCACUUAUUUUCAUCCAUGUGAGGUAAACAGUGAAAUUUUGCUUCCCUAACUUACAGUAUUGAUUUUCAGAACUUUGCAACAAUGACAGAAAUAACCAUCUCCUGGGAGCUGGCCCAUGCACUUUGCAAACUCUUUUUUUUUUUUUUUAAAAUAAAUAUUUAUUUAUCUUUACACACAGUGUUAACAACUGUUGGUAGAACACGUGAUGUAUUCCAAAACGAUAUGCAGACUUACAGUGUCAGUGAUAUCUUUUACUAUGACCCAGUAGGACAGGCACCUCAGCAGAACCUUACCACUGCGUCCUAUGAACCUUUCUGCCUGGUUUCAUGCUUGCAAAUACUGUGAUAAAUGGUAAUAAGACAGUGUUAAUUAUACUGUGUACAUUGACUCCGGAAAGUGAAUUGCAAUGUGCUUUUUAGGUGUUUUUCAGGUUGUUUUGAACUGCAUCUGUGCUGCAUCUUGGCCUGUUACUUAGAUUAGUAAUUUCAACAAGUCUGCUUUGUAGCAAUAACAUCUAUAUGGCUCUGUGCUACUGCUCCUGAGAGCUUGGCAUGUAUUUUUAAGGGUAGCUCUAACUGUUGAGGUUUGCCUAAAACCAAGCGUAGUCAUUUGUUGCAGCAAUUAGAGAAUGUCACACACUUUCUGCCUUCGUUCUGCUUAAAAUCUGUUUUAGCUAUUUGUUUAAUUAUUCUGCUGAACACGAACAGUAGUAGCAGUAAAUGGCAUUGCAGCAUGAUAAGUUCUAAACAAAUUUAGACAAAACGUGUCCUGCCAAGAUUAUUUUUGUACUGUGUACUGUAUGUUCAGUUUUGUGGACAAAGGUGGCUGGUAAUAUA